AUCAGACAAGCAGGAAAAAAACCCAUCAAAAACCAUCUUGCAAAGAGAAAAGGGAAAAAAAAUACAAAAGGAAACCCCAAACAUCAAUACCAAGAAUGUGAAACCCCAGACCUCAGAGGCUGCCUGGCUGUGAGGCAGAGGAAGGCGCAUGCCUUGGUGCCGCUGCCGGCAGGUGGACUCUGAAAGCCCUCAUAGGAGGUGAGCUUCCUGCAGGGGUUGGCAGAUGAGCAAAGUCGGUGGAGGUGCCUCUUCUUCUCCUCGCUCUGCACCCGCAGCCUCCCUCUCACCAGCACCGCCCGGGCGAGCGAGAUGAAGUGGAGGAGGACCGCAAUCUUUGCCAUCCUGCAGGCACAGCUCCCCAUUACAGAUGCUGUACCAAUUCUUGGACUGACAGACCCAAGACUCUGUUACUUACUGGAUGGAUUCCUCUUCAUUUACGCAGUUGUCAUGACAGCCCUUUUUGUGAAAGCGAAGCUUAGCCAAGCCCCUGAACCACAGCUGCCACCAGGCCAGGAUGAUGUGUAUAAUAAACUGUCCCGUGGACACAGAGAUGACUAUGAUGUUCUGGGAGCAAAGCGAGGUGCAGACCCUGAGCUGGGUGGGAGACCCCAGCAGAGAAGAAAGAACCCUCAGGACACCGUCUACUCUUCGCUGCAGAAGGACAAGAUGGGUGAUGCAUACAGCGAAAUCGGAAUGAAGGGAGAGAGGCGGCGAGGCAAAGGGAACGAAGCUGUCUACCAGGGACUCAGCACGGCGACCAAGGACACUUACGAUGCUCUCCAAAUGCAGCCUUUGCCCCCCCGCUAAGCUGGAGUCGUGGAGGGGAUGGGCAAGGGUGAGAGAUGCCCACCUGCUUUGGGAAGGAGGGGAGGGAAGGCCUUUUUCAUCCAAAACAAGCACUGGGUAUUUUCUCAGUGCAACAACCUACUUUGGUUGGUGCGCAGAGGGAAUGUCUGGACUUGGUCAGUCCCCUUUCCUCUUGAAUCAUGUAACUGCAAGCUUCAGCUAUUAAAAUGUACAUAUCUGUAAAGUUGUUUCCAGUAAUAGUGGUUAUUAGGCCAAUUUCAGUAAGAUUUAUGUUGUGGGACCAGACCACACCUGCUAACACAGCUCUUCCCGUAGCUCUUCCUUUCCUUCCAGGGGUAUCAAGGCCUGUAACUAUGGUUGCGCUGCAUUUAAAGAACUUGUAAAGAUAGGGCUGUAGUUAUCUCUUGUAGUAUUUAUCUUCAGACUAUUUGACACAGGCCAGCUAAACUUUUUGCUUUAAAUUUACCUUUCAAAAACUGCUUCACCGGGGGAUGACUUUUUUUCUUUAAUUGUAUAUCGAUGUGACGCUACUGUAGUGAAGGACAGAGGCCAAACGCCAGCUUUUCAGUACAAAGAAAACGAGCACUACGCUCCAACAAAAAACUGAGCAGUGGCAUUGCCACUCAUCCAGCACCCGGGGCGAAAGGAGAGCCAGGUAACCUGGAUAAGAGGCUUCUCAGAAGGUGGAAGAGAGCCUGGAGGCUGGACUCUGAUAAAGAGGGGAGUACCGGAAAAGUCAGGAAAACUCCCCCUGGAGAAACCCAUUGGGCUGAAACCUGCCCCCUCACAUCAGCAACAUCUACAACCAUCCCUGCAAAAGAGGCUCCCCUUUUAAGGGUCGGCAUGGUAAUUCUAAUGUCAGAAACAAGACUUCUGGGCAACAGAAACUAAACAAAAAACAAUGCAAAUGCAGUUUCCAAACCAGUCUAUCACCAGGUUACCUUUAAAUGACGAUGCAGGUUAUUAUUCCAAAGACAUACUAAUUCAGUAAUGUAACGCGUUUUUGAUGAAUUAAUAAAGUUAGCGCCAAAGACCUGUGUGUGCGUGUGCGCGGUGACCAGCUGUCGCGAAGGGGUGAUUUAGGUCACUUAAGAAAUCACUGGCAAAGGUGUUAGCCAAAGCGGGUUUAAGAUGAUGUUCUGAAAGUGCGACUUAACAAAGUUCGAUGGCAAGGUUCGCUCUAUUGAUUACUGCAUGGAAGAAAUAUACAAGGGAAAAUUGAGUUACACUCGAGUUAGAAUGAUUCACAGUUAGAAUAAUUCAGACUGGGGCUGCAAAAGGGUAAGGAGGACCCCCCCCAUUGAGUCACAAAGUUCCAAGGAGACCCCCAUGCUUUCUAAACUCCUUAUGGAGCUUAGGUGCAGCUAGGUCCAAUCUUAGUCUUGGACUUGGACAACAGUUUAUGUCUACGGGACUG